CCGUCUGUUCCCGCUGCUCAAGCUGACCCUGACGUAGACUUCGCAUGACAUGCUCGUAAGCAGAGAGCCAUCGUUGAAAUCCGAUCAAAGCCAUGGAGAGGGCAGAAGCCAUGCAGUACAUUACGAUAGCCAGGUGGAGUACUUGCAAAGCCUUGGCAACUCAGCGGACUAUCCGAUCCAGUUCCAGCCGUAUAUGUCUAAGCUGCUUCAGUUCUUCUGCACAUCGGUUGCUAAGCCUGUCGAAUAGUAUAGCACCUCAAAGCCUAGCACAACACCUCGGGACUGAAUGGAUGGCUAAGGCCAUGAAAGACCCUUGCCUGUUUCAUGCUACAUUAUUCAGCGCCUCGGCAUCGAUUGACAUGUUGACUGGUACCAAGAGCAGCACGAUCACAUUGCAUCAUCAAACCCGUACGAUUCAAUUGCUUAACGAAAGGUUAACCAGAGAGGCUCCUGACCUAAGCUACUCUACUGUAGGAACCGUGGUUCCUUUGUUAUUUUACAGUAUGGCUACAUUUGACAAACAAUCAGCUAUUUCACAUCAGAUGGGCAUAAUAAGGAUGCUCCUGUCAGCUACCCCGGCUGCUAGAUCCGAACUUGGACCGUUAUUAGGGGUCAUAAAACUGACUAUGCUCUUCUUUUCGUGUGUUUUUGACACUAUUCCGGUUUGGUCAUGUUUGUAUCCAUCAACCGUCCGCCCCAAGUCGAUCCUCCGAGCCAUAAUAACUAGCGCGACAUGCAAGAAAGGGGAGGCAUUAUUGACUGAAGUUGAGAUGUCCGCCAUUUUAGACAUCUAUGAAAUUUUUUCGCAACUGGAUCAUCUUUUUGAAGCUGAUGUUGAGACAAUCACUAGCGAUAUUGAACACUUUGUGUCCUCCGACCAAGGGCUCCAAAAUACGUCCAUUAAUGCACCCUCGGAUGCGUUCGAUAACCCAAGCAGAUUGAGAGCAUGCUGCAAUCUAUCGGCCUCAAUAUUCCGGCAUUUGCUGAUGGACCGGCCAUUUUUAUCGCCCAGAAAAUGUGCGUCCUCGAGGUGGGGGUUAUAUCUGCUUAAACAAUACUUGGGGAAGAUUGAUGAAUUGUUCCUUAUUCACAAUCAUCCCGAGUUGCUGACCUGGAUUGUUUUCACCGGUGCGGCUGCAUGCAACGACGCUAACGAGCGGGGAUUAUUUAUCCUUCAGAGGGCAUUUGCACUUAUGGCAGUUAAUUCAGACAAACUGCCUCUUAUGCGACAGGGAUGGAAGUAUUUCACGCUCCUGAGAAAGAUAUCAGGGGCUAAUGCUGCAUGCUGAAACCUGUAGCAUGUAUCAGGGACCCACCGUGGCUUCAUGGAUACUCUAUUCUCAUUCACGGCCUUCAAUAACCCCUACUUCUCAUUUCUUCCUCAGUCCAUCCCCAGAGUUUAUGUGCCAUCUGUAAAUCCUCUCCGCUCCUACUUGCAUUUA